CAAGAUGUCAGCGUCCGUACUAAGCGAAGUAAACAUCAUAUGUUUCCUGUGCUGAACUCUGAAGUCUGAAGAACUAAAAAACAACACAAGAACUUGGUGAAAUGGCAAUGGAUCUCGAAACUAACAGUGCUGAUGCUAGUCAUGUCAGUAACAAAAAUAUGACUCAGUCUACUGCGUAUUGUGUGGAAUGGGAGAAUCUGUUCAGUGCACCGGGCUACUAUGCUGAACUCCGUAAUUGCGCAAUCAGAGGCGAUCUCAGAAGCUGCCACUUCCGAAGCAUCUGUUGGAAGCUAUAUCUCAGUGUUCUGCCCGAGGACACAUGCGAAUGGCAGGCGGAAACAAGCAAGCUAAGAAGCAAAUAUACAUCUCUCAAGAAAAAGUUCAUCACAAACCCCAGACAAGAGGAAAGCGCCAAUCUCUUGGUCAACCACCCCUUAUCGCAGUCCGAGAACAGUCCCUGGAACCAACACUUCAUCGACGAAGAACUCAAGGUCACCAUUAAGCAGGAUGUGCGGAGAACAUUCCCAGAGAUCAGAUUCUUUCAGACACCCUCCAUACAGCAGAUGAUGGUCGACAUAUUAUUCUGCUAUGCAAGAGAGUACCCGAAUCUUGACUACAAGCAGGGUAUGCAUGAGGUGUUGGCCCCUCUCAUCUUCGUCAUUCACUGUGAUCAACAAGCAUACCUACAUGCGCGAGACAACGAAGUGCUUAGGGAUCCCAUUCAUUUUUUGCUCGAUCCAGAUUACAUAGAACAUGAUGGUUUCUCCAUGUUCUGUGAAGUGAUGGAGACGGUUGACCCCUGGUAUCAGACGAAGGACAUUUUCCCAGUCAGAACGCAGGAGACGUCGAUGCUGACGCUGUUCGCGCGCAUUCAGGACACGAACCCAUCGAACGUGCUCGUCAACAAGCUCAACCGCGUUCAGGACAAGCUGCUGAAGAAGCAUGACUACGACCUCUACCAGCACCUCGAGAAGAUGGAGAUCCCACCGCAGAUAUACGGCAUACGGUGGGUGCGGCUGCUGUUUGGGCGGGAAUUCCCGAUGCAGGACCUGCUGGUGUUGUGGGACGCCAUCUUCGCUGACAGCAUGAGCUUCGACCUCGUAGAUCACAUGUUCGUCGCCAUGAUGAUAUUCAUACGCGAGAAGCUGCUACGGAGUGACUACGCUGGCUGUCUAACAGUUCUGAUGAAGUAUCCACCGGUGAACGAUAUCUUCUAUCUCAUAAAGCGAGCAUUAUAUCUACGCAAGCCUACGGUCUAUCCCAACCCGAAGCACUAUCCGGGCCAGCUCCCCGGCAUGGCGCAGCCCAUGUACGUGACACCAUCUGCUGGGGCGCGGACGAAGGCGGCGGCGGCGAGCAACAUCACAGGCCGCGCGGCGUCGAUUCGGGACAAGAUGGCGGCGCGGCCGAGCUCGCUGUCACUGAGGAGCAAGGCGUCGACGACCAAGGAUACGAGUAGCAAGGAGACGAGUCGGCCAGUGUUACGCCACCCGCUGGAGAACAGCAGUGAGGAGGUGGUGGUGGUGAUGGCGGGAGCGGAGGCUGCAGCUGCAACGUCCCUGCCUAACACGCCCUCCAAUCCUAACCCAUUCCUCAGCCCGGCGAACGCGGCGGCAGGCAAGCAGGCGAGAGCUGCGGUGCAGGUGACAACAGCAACGAAGGACACAAAGGUAAGGGAGAUGGUAGACUUAACCAAGAAGGGAAAGAGUGGGGCAAACAGAUCUGAAGCAGAGGUGGGAGGAAGGAGGCCAGAGAUCAGCAGAAGCAAGCGGGACUCAUUCUUCAAAAAUCUCUUACCCCAAAAGUCGAUAUCUAGAGAGGAAAUGGAGGAGAUCGGUAGAGAUCUGGAAUACCUACAGUCACGUCUCACUAGCUUUCAAACCAUGUGCUCCUACUGUGCUACCAUGAUGGACACCAAUAUCGAACUACUUCAGCAGACGAUGCUUCAGCGAGAGUUGCCGCUGGAAGACGACAUGUACAUAGGCCUGGCUGGACUGAAGCAGGUGAGGGACAUGCUAAAGGGAACGCUAGGCUUCACUAGCAGCGUGGUCGCUACGGAAGCAGCGCCACCUAUCAACGACCGUAACGAGGGACAGCCGUCCGACGGCAGACGACAGGACGAGGUCGCCGGCGAUGCGACGUUAACGAGCAUCUCGCACGGAGGCAGCGACGUCACUAACGAUGGGGAAGGCAUCGUUGCCGCGGACGAUGGGGAGGGCGUCGUUGCCACGGACGACGGAGAGGGCGUCGUUGACGCAGACGACGGGGAGGGCAUGGUUGCCGCGGACGACGGGGAGGGCGUCGUUGACGCGGACGACGAGGAGGGCAUCGUUGCUGUGGACGACGGGGAGGAUGCCGUCGUGGCGGCGGCUGUGACUCGCACACUCGGCAGCAAGAAAACAGAAGCGGAUAUUGAGCGGGAUGUUCGGAUGCCGGGUAGCGAGGAUGAGAAAGGUCGGCCAUCGCGCGAUGACGGCGACAGCACGGGGAGCGGGUCGUCCGACAAUAUACCCUUCGACGCCAUGCAGCCGAUGCAAACGUCUGCUAGUUUGCCAAAGUCGGCCUGCCGGAAGCUCUGAUCAUCGAAAAACUAAGGAGUAACGUCAUUGUUACAGACGAUCCCCUCAGUAUAGACUGACUGACACAUCUAAUGCAUUAGGCUGAGUUCGAAGAUGAGUGAGUGGUGCAGAUGUUAAUAAAUGCAUUCAGGUAAAUGAUCAUGUAGGUACGAGCUAUAGGUGGGCAAGCGAAGAGGCAUUUGAUCUGUCAGUGAAUCUUUUUUUUAAUUUUUAAACUGACAAAAAUGGACAGCUAGGUAUGUUAGAGCUUGCAGACAUUUUCUAUGCACUCAUUUCUAGCGUUAGAUAGAAAAUAGUAAUACAUUUCAUAGUAGUAGCCAUACAUGUGUAUGGCAGUGCGAUUGAACUCUAGUGCAAUUGCUACUGUUAUCUAGUUUGUGAAGUAUAGUUGUCAAUUAUUGUUUCUAUUGGAAUUAAUUACGAGAACAAUCGCUUUGGGACUAACAAUCCACUAGAGCCUGUUAUGCACAUAUAGAAAUCUAUUCACGCAUUAGUGCAGUAAACUAAUAAGAAAGAUCUCGUGUAAACACAAAAAUAUUUACAAAUGUGUAUUGAACGUGGUAAUAGAACGUGUGUAACGUGUGUAAAAGAACGUGGCUUAUAGGGCUGAUAUAUGGGUAAAACAGAUAAUUGUAUGUGAUUGCAAGUUAAAGCAGUGUCCAGAUUACAUCUGUAUAUCUAGUAUGGAAGCAGUAAUUUUCAUGAGUUCCAGUGAUUUAGAAAAUCAAAUACUUGGCGUUUUUUGUAUAUUUGGCAUGUAGCGUGUAAAUGUUGAGCAUAGCAUUUAGUUUUCUGCACAGAGCUGGUGUAUAUAGAGACACUAAGCCAGACAAGCGAGUGGGUGUAAUAUAUUGGUGGUUCAUAUCGAACUGUGACAGUGAGUAUUAACACAAACAUAUGUACUACCUAUGGUAUCCAGAGUAGACAAAAGAGUAUUAUGUUUCUCUUUUAUGUGCUCCUGCUAGUAUGCAUAAUGUUCAUGUUGUACUUAAUUAUUACGUGUGUGAUUGUAUAAUAAUUGUAUAGCAUGUCAAAGGAGUGGCACCAAUUACGUUAUUGAUUGAUGGCAAAUAUAGCAAAUAAUAAUGAAAUAUUUGUUAUUUACAA